ACUCUGACAUGAGGGAAUUAAUUUUGUUAACAAAUAAGAAAACCUUUCAUGUUUGGAGUCGGUUCCUUGUGGUUGUCAACUGGGGUGGACUAAAAUCGUUGGAAGACAGUUUGAGGACGCCCAGAGACAUGUCCUGAUGUGAAGUGUUGGAUGGUGACUAAAGCUUAUCGAAGGCAGUGGAAAAAUUGGAUCUGAAAUAUUCUGAUCGAUUUUAGUAGGGCUAUGGCAGGUCUCAAUUCUAUAAGAGAAGUCAGUCAAGUCAGUUCGAUUAAAGAGAGCGCCCGUUUUGAUGUUGAAGAUCUCACAGUCAAGAGAGAGAUCACGAAGGAAGAGGUCCAGGAGUACCGUGUUGCCUUUGAGAUCUUUGACAAGGAUGGAGAUGGUGAGAUCACGUACAAAGAGUUAGGUUCAGUCAUCAAGUCGCUGGGUGGUAGCCCCACUGAGGAGGAAUUGAAGGAGAUGAUAUCAGAACUCGAUGAAGACAACAGUGGGACGAUAGACUUCUCCGAAUUCCUCAUCAUGAUGAAACGCUACAUGCAAGAUCUGGACACUGAAAAAGACAUUCGUGACACAUUUCGUCUGUUUGACAAGGAUUGCGAUGGGGUGUUGAAUGCCAAGGAGUUACAAAACGUGAUGUUGACGCUCGGGGAGAAGAUGACGGAUGAAGAGAUUGAGGAGAUGAUCAAGGAAGCGGACACUAAGGGAGAGGGCACUGUCAAUUAUAGAGAUUUCUACCGACUCAUGAAUGCCUAGCUUAUAUUAACCAUUGUUGGAUGAGGUAUGAAGAACAAAGAUGUUCCUGUGAAGCUCACUUUUGAAACUGGGCUCAUCAGAACUUCUCCCAUUUGAAGACUGAACUUGAUAUAAUUCAAGAAGGUUCUACUGAUUCUAAUAGAGAAUGUAAAUAGAGUGUGUACCAUCCUCGUAGCAAUGUUAAUCAAAAUAGAAUUUGUAAAUAAACACCAAAAG